GGAGCCGCAGCCGCAGCGGGGCCGGGCCGGGCCGGGCGCGCACCAGUGGCGGCGGCAGCGGCAGCGGCAGCGGCAGCGGCAGCAGCAGCAUCUCGCUCGCGGAGCCGGCGCAGGUUUCCCACACCCGGAGUGCAGACUGAGAGCAGCCCAGGAAAGAGAGCUGAACUUCAUCACCCAGUCCCCAGAGCCAGCAAGACAUGGGUCCCAUUUCCCGAAUCCUGGCGCCUUUCAUUUAACCAAGACGCAGAGGGGAGCCACCACCCCUGACCAUGUAGAUGCCAGCUCCAGGGAGCAGCAUGGGCCCCACUGAAUGGAGACUUCUGGGUCUACAGCCCUGAGCCCCUCCGGCCCCUGGACGUUGCCCCGUGCCCAGGGACACCCCUUGGAGCUCACCACCGCUGUCGCCAGCCCACCUCGGCCGCCCCCUCCCCCUGGGACCCAAAGUCGGCCACCGGGAGCCACAGUCAUCCAGUGAGGUUGUGCUAAGGACAGGCACACGGAGCCAUCGCCCAGCAGCCUCUUGUCCAGCGCUGACUCUCGGGCCCACCCUGAGCAGGGACUGGGGCAAACAUGGGUGACAUGACCAACAGCGAUUUUUACUCCAAAAACCAAAGAAAUGAGUCGAGCCAUGGGGGCGAGUUCGGGUGCACAAUGGAGGAGCUCCGCUCCCUCAUGGAGCUACGGGGCACUGAGGCUGUGGUCAAGAUCAAGGAGACUUAUGGGGACACUGAAGCCAUCUGCCGGCGCCUCAAGACUUCACCUGUGGAAGGUUUGCCAGGCACCGCUCCAGAUCUGGAAAAGAGAAAGCAGAUUUUUGGGCAAAACUUUAUACCUCCAAAGAAGCCAAAAACCUUCCUGCAGCUAGUGUGGGAGGCACUGCAAGAUGUGACGCUGAUCAUCCUGGAAAUCGCGGCCAUCAUCUCCCUGGGGCUGUCCUUUUACCACCCGCCUGGAGAGAACAAUGAAGGAUGUGCGACGGCCCAGGGAGGGGCAGAGGAUGAAGGGGAGGCGGAGGCAGGCUGGAUCGAGGGGGCGGCCAUCCUCCUCUCUGUCAUCUGUGUGGUCCUGGUCACGGCCUUCAAUGACUGGAGCAAAGAGAAGCAGUUCCGGGGCCUGCAGAGCCGCAUUGAGCAGGAGCAGAAGUUCACCGUGGUUCGGGCUGGCCAGGUAGUCCAGAUCCCUGUGGCCGAGAUUGUGGUUGGGGACAUCGCCCAGGUCAAAUAUGGUGACCUCCUCCCUGCUGACGGCCUCUUCAUCCAGGGCAAUGACCUCAAAAUCGACGAAAGCUCCCUGACAGGAGAGUCUGACCAGGUGCGCAAGUCCGUGGACAAGGACCCCAUGCUGCUGUCAGGGACCCACGUGAUGGAGGGCUCUGGACGGAUGGUAGUGACCGCAGUGGGUGUGAAUUCUCAGACUGGCAUCAUCUUUACCCUGCUGGGGGCUGGCGGUGAGGAGGAAGAGAAGAAAGACAAGAAAGGUGUGAAGAAGGGGGAUGGCCUUCAGCUACCAGCGGCCGAUGGUGCAGCAGGCUCAAAUGCUGUAGAUAGUGCAAAUACCAGCCUAGUCAAUGGUAAAAUGCAGGAUGGCAAUGUGGACGCCAGCCAGAGCAAAGCCAAACAGCAGGACGGGGCAGCCGCCAUGGAGAUGCAGCCCCUCAAGAGUGCCGAGGGCGGCGAUGCCGACGACAAAAAAAAGGCCAACAUGCACAAGAAGGAGAAGUCUGUGCUGCAGGGAAAGCUCACCAAGCUGGCUGUGCAGAUAGGCAAGGCAGGACUGGUGAUGUCGGCCAUCACAGUGAUCAUCCUGGUGCUCUACUUCACCGUGGACACCUUCGUGGUCAACAAGAAGCCAUGGUUACCCGAGUGCACGCCCGUCUACGUGCAGUACUUUGUCAAGUUCUUCAUCAUCGGCGUGACGGUGCUGGUGGUGGCCGUGCCCGAGGGGCUCCCUCUGGCCGUCACCAUCUCACUGGCCUACUCUGUGAAGAAAAUGAUGAAAGACAACAACCUGGUACGCCACCUGGAUGCCUGCGAGACCAUGGGCAAUGCCACCGCCAUCUGCUCAGACAAGACAGGCACACUGACCACCAAUCGCAUGACAGUCGUGCAGGCCUACGUGGGCGAUGUCCACUACAAGGAGAUCCCCGACCCCAGCUCCAUCAACGCCAAGACCAUGGAGCUGCUCGUCAACGCCAUUGCCAUCAACAGCGCCUACACCACCAAGAUUCUGCCCCCGGAGAAGGAGGGUGCCCUGCCUCGGCAGGUGGGCAACAAGACAGAGUGCGGCCUGCUGGGCUUCGUGCUGGACCUGAAGCAGGAUUAUGAGCCCGUGCGCACCCAGAUGCCAGAGGAGAAGCUGUACAAGGUGUACACCUUCAACUCUGUGCGCAAGUCCAUGAGCACAGUCAUCAAGCUGCCGGACGAGAGCUUCCGCAUGUACAGCAAGGGUGCUUCUGAGAUCGUGCUCAAGAAGUGCUGCAAAAUCCUCAACGGGGCAGGGGAGCCCCGGGUCUUCCGGCCCCGCGACCGGGAUGAGAUGGUGAAGAAGGUGAUCGAGCCCAUGGCCUGUGAUGGGCUCCGCACCAUCUGUGUGGCCUACCGCGACUUCCCCAGCAGCCCGGAGCCUGACUGGGACAAUGAGAAUGACAUCCUCAACGACCUAACCUGUAUCUGUGUGGUGGGCAUCGAGGACCCCGUGCGGCCCGAGGUCCCAGAAGCCAUCCGCAAGUGCCAGCGAGCGGGCAUCACAGUCCGCAUGGUCACCGGUGACAAUAUCAACACGGCCCGGGCCAUCGCCAUCAAGUGUGGCAUCAUCCAUCCUGGGGAGGACUUUCUGUGCCUGGAGGGCAAGGAGUUUAACCGGAGGAUCCGCAACGAGAAGGGGGAGAUUGAACAAGAGCGAAUUGAUAAGAUCUGGCCAAAGCUACGGGUGCUGGCUCGCUCCUCCCCCACGGACAAGCAUACCCUCGUCAAAGGUAUCAUCGACAGCACACACACCGAGCAGCGGCAGGUGGUGGCCGUGACAGGGGAUGGCACCAACGACGGGCCUGCACUCAAGAAGGCUGAUGUGGGCUUCGCCAUGGGCAUCGCAGGCACGGAUGUGGCCAAGGAGGCCUCGGACAUCAUCCUGACGGAUGACAACUUCAGCAGCAUCGUCAAGGCAGUGAUGUGGGGCCGCAACGUCUAUGAUAGCAUCUCCAAAUUCCUGCAGUUCCAACUAACGGUCAACGUAGUGGCUGUGAUUGUGGCCUUCACAGGCGCCUGCAUCACGCAGGACUCCCCUCUGAAGGCCGUGCAGAUGCUCUGGGUAAACCUCAUCAUGGACACAUUCGCCUCGCUGGCCCUGGCCACUGAGCCGCCCACCGAGACCCUGCUUCUGAGGAAGCCAUACGGCCGUAACAAGCCCCUCAUCUCUCGGACCAUGAUGAAGAACAUCCUGGGCCAUGCCGUCUACCAGCUCACCCUCAUCUUCACCCUGCUUUUUGUUGGCGAGAAGAUGUUCCAGAUCGACAGUGGGAGGAACGCACCCCUGCACUCGCCACCCUCGGAGCACUACACCAUCAUCUUCAACACCUUCGUCAUGAUGCAGCUCUUCAACGAGAUCAACGCCCGCAAGAUCCAUGGCGAGCGCAAUGUCUUUGAUGGCAUCUUCCGGAACCCGAUUUUCUGCACCAUCGUGCUGGGCACCUUUGCCAUCCAGAUAGUGAUCGUGCAGUUUGGGGGGAAGCCGUUCAGCUGCUCUCCGCUGCAGCUGGACCAGUGGAUGUGGUGCAUAUUCAUCGGGUUGGGAGAGCUCGUCUGGGGCCAGGUCAUCGCCACCAUCCCGACCAGCAGGCUCAAGUUCCUCAAGGAGGCAGGGAGGCUUACGCAGAAGGAGGAGAUCCCGGAGGAGGAGCUGAAUGAGGACGUGGAGGAGAUAGACCACGCCGAGAGGGAGCUGCGGCGGGGCCAGAUCCUGUGGUUCCGAGGCCUGAAUCGGAUCCAGACCCAGAUUGAAGUAGUCAAUACUUUCAAGAGCGGGGCCUCCUUUCAGGGGGCCCUGCGGAGACAGUCCUCCGUCACCAGCCAGAGCCAGGACGUAGCCAAUCUCUCUAGCCCUAGUCGCGUGUCGUUGUCCAAUGCUCUUUCCUCUCCGACCAGCCUUCCUCCUGCUGCAGCUGGGCGUGAAGGGCUAGAGAACCCUGGAUACAGAGUUCAGCAAGAGAGAGUGAAAUUAAAAGAGAUUCGCGUCGUGAAGGCGUUCCGUAGCUCUCUCUAUGAAGGUCUAGAAAAGCCUGAGUCUCGAACCUCCAUCCAUAAUUUCAUGGCUCACCCCGAAUUCCGGAUCGAAGAUUCACAGCCCCACAUCCCCCUCAUUGACGACACCGACCUGGAAGAAGAUGCCGCACUCAAGCAGAACUCGAGCCCGCCGUCAUCGCUCAACAAGAACAACAGCGCCAUCGACAGCGGGAUCAAUCUGACGACUGACACAAGCAAAUCAGCUACCUCUUCAAGUCCAGGGAGCCCCAUCCACAGCCUGGAGACGUCGCUUUAGCUGAGGACCCCGCCGCCACCCACCCCCGGGCCCCACCCAUCCAGGCACCCAGCUCACCCAAGCAGCAACGAGCAACAACAGGAAACCAAAUACUGGCGAGAAAACCAACAUUUCCACCCAAAAGACCCUUUUUCUGGCUGCGAUGCUGUUUGAACUCUUUUUCACUUUGAGGCAAGGGGCGGGAUCUCCUUGGGGAGGGGGGGGCUUGCGGGAGUGAGCGAUUUUCCCAGAACAAGCCCUUCCCGGCUCCCGCCCGAACAUGGACCAGCCAUGCACCCGCCAGGCCACCACGUCCCCUGCAUGAAUGUACUGUGCACUUCCAGUCCUCCCCUUGUUUGGUUUGGGGGGGGUCGGGGAGGGUCUUUUGUUUGUUUUCUUAGGCGGGAACUGACAACAGACUCUUUUCUGAGACUAUUUAUCCAAUCGACUGGUCUGUGAGUUUUUGAAAUGCUUGCGCAGCAUGGUCUCAGUUGCAUAGGUUAAUUUAACAACUUUUUGAAACUGCAGAGCUUAACUCACCUAGUAAAUUUGCACCAAUGGAACCGAAGAACUUCAUAGACACUCACAAGGUUAUAUCCAUUUCUUUGUAUCUAUAUCAACGUAUACUUCUGCAAGACCGUAUACGUCCAUAUAGAUAGGUAUACACACACACACACACACACACACACACACACGGAUAUAUAAAGUUUUUUUGCCGGCAUGUUGCCUUGUUUCCGCUUAAAUGCUCUAUUUUAACUUAUUUAUGUCCUAAAACAAGAAUGUAAUUUGUUUACAAACCUGUAGAUAACGUCUUUGGCUAUUUGUACGGUUUAAGAACACUGGUGGCUGAGAUGCUAUAAAGACAGCUCAGCCCAAGAGACACUUCCCUGGAUUGCAUCCUUGAUGUUUUACAAUAGCCAUGCUCUGAUUUUUGCCUGCCGUUUCCGUUCAAUUAUGUCACUACCGCGGGAGGCUCAGGCAGACGCCAAAUGCUACUGAGUGUCCAUCCGGAGGGGGUUAACACCGUGCUCGUGCUCCGUAGACACAGGGAGAGGAGGAGAGAAGGCUUCCUAGGUUUGCAGCACUAACGGCCGGCCCGGCCCGAGGAGGAUGACGGGGUCCGCCAAGCUCUGGUUGAAGACUUUUCUCUCGAUGAAACUCGCUUGAGUUUACUAAGAGCAUUUCAAAAAAAAAGGUUCUCUUUGGCACUGUCUGUACAGAGGUUGAGGUAGUGUUGCAAUAUUAUAAAUGCUACUGUGUUGAUUUUUUUUUUUUUUUUAGUAAUUUAGAGGUUUAUUUACUUAUAAAUUGCAGCAUAUGAGCUGUUGGCAUACUGGAUGAGGAUCAUUAAGGCCUGCUGCUUUUAUUUUUAUUUUUGAAGAAGAGUAGCCUUUUUCUCUGCACUAUUUAGAUCCGAACGAACCUUAUGAUGUGUAUAUUGAGAUGUAUUCAGUGUGAUUUUUAAACCAAAUUGUCUUCCUGUAGUCGCAAUAUAUACUGUAGCCUUUUGACAGCAAGUCUCGCUUUCCCAGACAGAAAGCCAUUCUGAAACCCUACAGUAUCACAGGUGAGAAAAGGUGGUUAUUUUCCCCCCAAGACAAUAACAGCACUAGUAACCCCACUUAAUGAGAGCUUAUUUAAUUGUACGUCAGCCUCUUAACUGCUAAGCACUUUGUGGGUAUCAGCUUUUUUCAUAAAAGAACUUUUGUAUUUAAUACAAAGUUUGCUUUGAGACUUUUCAGCAUACAAUCUUUUUCCAUAAACUUGUACAGUGCAAAAGACAUUUUGAAUACCAUGAUCGAUGACGUCCCAUGCUUCAAGGAAAACCAAACACUUUUCCACCUCGCUUGCAAAAUUCAUUCCUCAUACUGACCUUUCCCACAGUUGCUCUGUGUCAGCUCGGCCCUUCCCUUCUCCAGGCCCAGAGAAUUCUUCCACAAACAAGAUGAGAGCCACUCGGGAAAAGAGCCAUAGUCAGCUGGGAGGGCCUACGUCUGGGUGGCUGUGAAGAAACCUGAGGGUUUGGGAUCCCAAGUCAGCCCAUCCCACCUGGCAAAACCUUCCUGGAAGGAGGACCUUCCGUGUGCGAGAGCAUCACCUGAUUGUCGUGAAGGAAUAUCUCUGAAUGUACCCAGCAGAGGAAACUGCAUCCCCAAAGGGGUGACCAGCCCUCAGAUAUGCUUACUGGAUUCCAAUACAAACACCACAAAAAGCCAGCCCACUGCUCGCCUGCCGAGAAAGUAGAGACCCGCACAUGUAAAACAUGGAGCAGCCUUGGAACACGGUGUUUUUUUGUAGCUUCCUUUCUCAAGGUUUUCCAUCUCCCCACCUUCUUUGUUCCAAUCUUGUGUCCAUGACCUCAUUCCACAACACCAGGAAAGCUGUGCUUGCACACCCAUGCUCCCUGUUUAUUUGGAGCCAGGACACAGGGAAAAACAGGAGGGGUUUCUCUGAGUAGAGCCUAGCUUGGAGAACAGGGAGCAGCGUAAGUAACGGAGGACACCCGACAUUAGCGUUGGUCUUUUCUUGUCAGGAAUGAUGGAUGCUCACACACACACACACACACACACAGAGGAAAUGAUUGGUUUGUCCAAACUCACUGUAGUACAUAAAGCUUGCACUCUGCGUCCUAUAUCUAGCAGCAUGGGGUACGUUUGGCAGUCCACCCCAUUAGGGGGUAAAUAAUUUAUGACCAUUCAUCUGUUUUUAUGAAUUUUUUUAUCUAGACAAUAACUGUAAAUAAAGAACUCACCGUCUCUGUUCAUUUAAUACUAUGCAAUGGUUAUGCUUCGAUCGCUGACUCUUCUUACUGCCGCAGUGUGAUUCUGAAAUGUCUGUGGUUUUAAAAAAAAAAAAGGAAAAAAACAAAAUCAAACAGAACACAGUAAAUAUAUAUUCUGUAAUGUAUAUUUUUUUUCUAGUUUGGGACUGCACCAUCCACGUAGCUUCUUUUCUGUCCUCUGGACAAGGGCUCCAGGAGAAGGUAGCAGAUUCAUUCUGAAGUCUAAGUUCAGCAACUUGUCUCUCCCAAACAGAUGAGAGAAGAGCGAGGGGCCCACUGAGUGACCCCCGGUGCUGGAGAAUCACCCACUUUUGAAGGUGGGCGGGGAGGAAAUGUCUCCUCCCUGCAACUCAGGCAGCACUUUCCCUAACUCAGAAGCAGCCUCGAUUGCUCCCACCGCCUCACCUCACCCUGGCCCCUUCCUCCUUUGUCCCAACUGGAGCACAGAGUUGACAAGAGGGAGGGUGCCCUGCUUUUGAGACCGGACCAGUGGCAAUGAUGGUACUGGGCCGAGGACUCUGGACCUGUCUCAGCCUGGGUGGCUUACCCCUGGAGUAGCCACUCUUCACAGCCAUGUUGAAAUGCCCCCCCACCCCCGCCCCAUACCACAUACUGAUGGUGUAUAUAGAUGUGGGCCUAUUUCUGGAAUUUCUCUUCUGUUCCCUUAUCUGGGUGUCUCAUCUGGCACCAGCCAUACAGUUUUGCUUACUGUCGCUAUAUAUGUUUUAUCAUGUGAUAGGAUAAACACCCUUCUCUCUCUCUUUUUUAAAACAUAACUUGCUGGUUACUGUCUCACAGCUGUUCUUUUAAGUAAACUUUAAAAUGUUGCCAAGUCUUCUUCCAGCCCCAGCCCUUCCCCCACCCCAUAUACUAGGCCCUGUCAUUCUACGUGCAAACAUCUUCCUGCCAUUGUAAGCACUGUUCACUCAGGGUCGCUAAAUAGAAUGUCUCAAAAGGAGAAACAAAAGGAGUGUCCUAAAUCUUGGGGGGAGGCCGGAUGUUCCCCCCAACAACAUCUCAUCUAUACCCUAAGCAAGGGUGUCAACAGGAGAGGCCACCAAGUCCCCUCCCAAUCUCAAUUUGGGACCCAAAGUCACCCCCCCCCCCCUUGGUUGUGCUGGGGUGGACCCUCCACCUGCCCCAGUCCAGAAGAGAAAGAAGGCUCUCUCCCAGACCUGGAGCUACCUGAUGCAUGGCCCAGUUGUUUGUAUUUCUUAUUCUCCUCCUGGAGAAACAUUUAUUCCCAUCCCCCUUUCCUGAACUGCUUUUUUUUUGGGGGGGGGGGAGGGAGUUCACUUCCUGUUCUUUGUCCAAAGUUUUCUCAGUGGUUGUAUGAUAGGUCCUCUGGGAUGCAGCCAUUUCUUUCCUGGACCUUCACGCCACCCUUACCCUCUGCCCAUUCUUGCUCUACUUACAGGAGGCUGUCAGCUAGGUGCACUGUGACGUGCCUCCUACCCAAAACUCUCUCCCUAGUGUCUGAGAUCCCAUCACAAGAUGGGAGGGGUGCAUUUCUUGAAGGCUUUGGGUCUUCUAGAGCCAAGGCCUAAAUCAAACAACAGCAGAAAAAUCCCCAGGUCUUGUCCAAGUUCUGAAGCAAGCUCUCCUGAUUGUGAUGUAGAGAUCCUACUCACCCAAGUACAGGGAAAGGGAUCCCAGGACCUGGGCAUCAGCCAUCACCCCCUCCACCAAACACAAGACCUUUGAGGCUGCUCUGGGACCUUCUCAGCCCCCGAAGUCUGUUUUGUAACGCCUGUGGUGCUCUCCCUCCGGACCUUUCCUCUCGGGGGUCGCCACACUUUGCUAACUCUUGUGUGCACAUAUUUUAUAACAGAGUAGCGAGGAAAUGGUGCCGUUCCAGCUUCCACGAGCUGCCCGGGCUCCCGGGGGGCUCUGGGGCAAUUGGGGCUGGGAAGUGACUGUGCUCUUAUUGUACACUCUUUAUUUCUCUGUAUCUCUGGCUUGUGCUCUUUGUAAUUAAUGGGAUUUGUCUGCCUUUUCAACACUAUACUGAGCAAUAACAAUAAAUGCACACGUGGAAACACA